CUCCGCUGCCAUAUUGUUGUGAUAUUUUCGGGGCAGCGGCGGAGUUUGGGAGUUUCAGUCGCUGUCUGCGGACUCAGCGGUCUCCACUGACGUUAUCUGGAAUACAACUGAGCUUCAAGUCACUGUCAAACUUAGCGGACUACGAGAGGAGCCGUCGGGUGAGGUGAAGAUGGUGGACCGGCUUGCGAACAGCGAGGCCAACUCCAAGCGGAUCGCAGUGGUCGAGGGCUGCUUCGGCGCUGCGGGCCAGCCGCUGGCCAUCCCCGGCCGCGUGCUGAUCGGCGAGGGCGUCCUCACCAAACUCUGCCGCAAGAAGCCCAAGGCGCGCCAGUUCUUCCUCUUCAACGACAUCCUGGUCUACGGCAACAUCGUCAUCCAGAAGAAGAAGUACAACAAGCAGCACAUCAUCCCGCUGGAGAGCGUCACCAUCGACACGGUGCCGGACGAAGGCGACCUGCGCAAUGGCUGGCUCAUCAAGACACCCACCAAGUCCUUCGCCGUUUACGCAGCCACCGCCACUGAGAAGUCAGAGUGGAUGAACCACAUAGGGAAGUGUGUGGGAGACUUGCUGCAAAAGAGCGGCAAGGCUCCGACGGGUGAGCAUGCUGCCGUGUGGGUGCCUGACUCGGAGGCAACAGUGUGCAUGCGCUGCCAGAAGGUAAAGUUCACGCCAGUCAGCCGCCGCCACCACUGCAGGAAGUGCGGCUACGUGGUUUGCGGGCCCUGCUCGGAGAAGAAGUACCUCCUGCCCAGCCAGUCGUCCAAACCCGUUCGCGUCUGCGAGUACUGCUACGUGCAGCUGACGUCAGGAGCCCUGGCGCCGCGCACAGACUCCAUCAGCCGGCUGGGGUCAAAGUUCAACAACCUGUCGGACGAUGACGACGAAGACGACAGCAGUGACUGAGAGACGAGCACAUCCUCCCGACGGUCAGCCUCGUCCCCACGUCAAGGAGGAAAUACUUCUUUUUUUGUUUCUUUCUCCUCCCAGAUGAUCGAAUCAAUGAUGAAUCCCACCUCGGAGGAUGAAUUCAUUCAUUCACUUCAAACCAAAAUAUUUUAUUUUUUCCUCUGAUUCCAGCAGGGAUGAAUAUAUUCCUGAACACAGUGAUUUAAAUGAUGAAAUGUGGAAUUAACUGGGUGACCAGGAGAACUCUGGGAGAAAGCCUGACUCUUCAUCACUUCCACUUCUCUCUCGACUCUCGGUUAGGCUGCAGUUAGUCACUACAGACGCAUUGGUGCUAAUGAGAAACAUCCCCUCCUCUUUCUCCUCCUCUUUACUUCUUUAUCUCUUUCCCUUUUUGUUUUAAUGUCCAUGAACUACACGAGGUGAUUGCUUGUAAUUUCUGCAGGGAAAACUAAAUGUUUGGGCUCUAACCUUUAUCUCCUCUGUCCUUCAGGUAUUACACCAAACAGGACUUUUUUCAUAACAGAAGUUUGGUAUUUUUCUGCCUGAUUUUGUAAAUUUGUCUCCAGCAAAAUGUCAAGAUCCCUUUUUAUAAAUAAGAUAUUACUGUAAACGCAGAGCUUUUCUAGUCGACCUAAUAUAGUUGCUUCUGACAAAUCAGCUGAAGCUUUUCUCGCAGUGAGUGUUUGUCUCUGUAAACACACUUCUGUGAGUUUUCUCAGCGACCGCCCCCAAAAAACUAACUCGACCUCUUGCCUAUGCUGUCACGUAGUGCCUUGUAGGAAAUUAAGCUCAGCCUUCGGUAAGAAAUAGGUUAUUUUUUAGUUAAUGAAUCCAGGCUGCAAAAAAACAGGGACUUCAUGACAGUUUGACUCUGAAACACAUUACCCAGGAUGGUGUUUGGUUUUGUGUGCGUGUGCUACAAACAGAAGAGCAGGGAGACUACCGACCAGCCGACAAACGGGAAGAGUUCAAUUUGGGCUUUCCCUGGAACUUUUCCUGAAAGACACUUGACU